GUUACAGAAUGUUUCGAAUGCAAACUAAAGACAACCGGGAAUUAAUGCAUCGGUAGGCAAAGCUUACCGAAAAACUGGCACAGGAAUGCAGUUUUCAGAAGCCACUGACGUCGCGAACUGACCCACACUAACAGCAACAACAACAAACAACGCUAUGCCAACGAUGGCAGCAGAUCGAAUGUUUAUUUUAAUUUCUUGCGCCGCAAUCAUCGUAACCGGGCUGGUGGCAGAAAGUGGCUGGGGAGCAUUCUGUUCCACCGAAGCAAAGGAAACCGUUCGUCCUUCGUUGACAGAAGGAUCCAAGCAUCCAAGGAUCACGCAACCAAGGAUGACGACGAUAAAAUUGUUGGCCUGUGAUUUCGAGGUGUUCGGUAUUGUGCAAGGUGUGUUCUUUCGUAAGUACACCCAGAAAAAGGCAUCCAGUCUGGGAUUGCGAGGUUGGUGCAUGAACACCGCCGACGGCACCGUUAAGGGCCAGCUCGAAGGCGAAGAAAAACCAUUCAACGAAAUGAAACAUUGGCUCCAAACGAAAGGAAGCCCUUCAAGCCGCAUCGAUAAAACAGUGUUCAAUGUACCGAAGGAGAUUACUAGUUACACAUUCAAAGAUUUCUCCAUUCGUCGUUGAAAUGGGUCGCAGCCAGUGAGUUUAAUCGACAAUUAAUUUAUUCACUUGUAGCAAAGAGGAAGGCACAAACGGUAAACGAGAAUUCCAAUGAUUCGUCGCCCUGAAAGGGUUGAACGAUUUCCAAUACGGAUUACACACCUAAUAAAUGCACUUGAGUGAACGAGGUUCAUUGUA